UCCGCCCGCACGCUCCGCGCCCUCGCCCUCAGCGCCCCCACGCGGGCGAGCGCGGCGGCGGCGGUUCCCAUGGAGAUGGAAGAUGGCGCCCAGGGGCCGCCAUCGCUCCUCGGCUCCGCUGCAGGUCCUGCUCUUCCUCAACGGCUGGUACUGCGCCACAUAUUUUCUCCUGGAAGCGUUCGUGUUCGUGUACAAAGUGCUGCUCCUGCCCUAUCCCGUCUCCAACUUGGUGCUGGACGUGGUGCUGCUCCUCCUCUACCUCGGCAUUGAGGCCACACGCAUCUUCUUCGGCUCCAAGGGGAACCUGUGCCAGCGGAAGGUGCCGCUGUCCCUCAGCCUGGCACUUACGCUGCCAGCAGCUGUGCUGGCCGUGUACUACCUGCUGCUCCAGACAUAUUCCCUGCGCCUGGAAGCGUUCCUGAGCGCCAUCCUGCUCCUCUUCUACAGCCUGGAGCUGCUCCUGGGCUUCCUGGCACUGCUCUCCUUCUCCAGCACGGAUCCCUACUGAGGACACAGCCCAGGGAUACAGGGAAGCAUCACCCGUGCCAGCUCCACUUCCCAGCCCCAGGAAGGGGGAGGAUCCCACCCUUCCCACUGCCCAUUUCACCUGGUGCCACCUGGACACAUCCCUCCC